GGCCCCACCUACUUUCUUAAAAAAGUACCAAUCAAAUGGCAGGGAACUUAGUUUACCUUCCACACUCCAGACGGUGGAAGAACUGAAUGUGACAGAGGAAUAUGAAAAAGAGAGAGGAAGAGAAGGGUAGGGAGACCGAGGCAGACAAGAAGUGGUAAAGGAAUAGAACUAGUGUUAGGAAAAUACAUUGGAAGAAAUUAAAGGGAGACAGAGAAAAGGGAGGCAGAGGAAAAGAGUUCGAGAGAGAAAGAGGGAGAGAGAAGGACAGUGACAGAGGCAUAGAAAGUGAGGGUGGAAGUAUCCGUCUGUGUGAGUUGGUAACUCCUUGUUGGACAUGGAUGUAGCCAACUACAGUGAGGGACUGGACCCAACGUACAGCACCCUGGGCUUCGAACACGCUGACAUCCUCUAUGGUGGGGGAGACAGUAUGCCAGCGGAGCCGGGCCUGUCCCAGGCAGAUGUAGUGAACGGUAACUGUGCUAUCUGUGGAGACAAAGCUACAGGGAAACACUAUGGAGCCUUCAGCUGUGACGGAUGUAAAGGUUUCUUCAGACGCUCCAUACGCAAGAACCACAUCUACUCCUGCAGGUUUAACCGUCAGUGUGUGGUCGACAAGGACAAGAGGAACCAGUGUCGGUUCUGCAGGCUCCACCAGUGUUUCAGAGCUGGCAUGAAGAAAGAAGCGGUUCAGAAUGAAAGAGAUCGUAUCAGCUCCAGAAGAAGCAUUCAGGACAAUCAGGAUCUCCUACCUAUCACUGUUCUGGCCCAGGCGGAGUCCCUGUCUCAACAUAUCAGUGCAUCCAGUCCCAGGGGUGCAGUAGAUGUGUCAGAACAGAAGUCAGCUGGUGUGGGGGAUGUCUGUGACUCCAUGAGACAACAGCUGCUUGUGUUAGUGGAAUGGGCCAAGUACAUUCCUGCCUUCGGAGAGCUGCCCCUGGACGACCAGGUGAGUCUGCUCAGAGCUCAUGCAGGGGAACACCUUCUACUUGGGGUCGCCAAGAGGUCAAUGCCUUAUAAGGACUUCCUGCUCCUUGGUAAUGGGUGUUUGAUCCAUGGUAGCAGUGCAGAGCCAGAGAUCGGUCGUGUUGCUAACCGUAUUCUAAGUGAGCUGGUCCUGCCCUUCCAGAACAUCCAGAUAGACGACCAUGAGUAUGCUGCUCUCAAGGCACUCGUCUUCUUUGACCCCGAUGUCAAGUCUCUGCGUGACCCGUCUAAGAUCAAGGCGAUGCGUCUGCAGGUCCAGAUGAGUCUAGAGGACUAUAUUAACGACCGUCAGUAUGACUCCAGAGGGAGGUUUGGAGAGCUGCUGCUACUGCUGCCUACUCUACAGUCCAUCACCUGGCAGAUGAUAGAACAACUGCAGUUUGUUAAACUCUGUGGCCUGGCCAAGAUAGACAACCUACUGCAGGAGAUGUUGCUGGGAGGUCUGGCAUCAGAGCCCGCCCACCUGCACCAAUCAGGCCACACCCAGUUAGCCCAGGACCCUUUGACUGGACACACACUGGUCAUCAGCGCCAUGCCUGCUACACACACUUCUCAGAUAGCGUCUCCAGACACUCCUAUCCCGUCUCCUCCUCAGGGUCCAUAGAUUAUCAAGUCAACUUCAAGCCCCUCCUUCCUGCUGGAUCCGCCUCCCACAAAGACGUACUACCCCCCCC